CACCGAUUAAACAUCUCAUCGCACUCCGCAGAUCGCCGCGCCUGCUAACAUGUCGGCUGAUGGGGCUUUGCGGAGAGGCCCAGUGACCCCGCGAGUAGCUUACAAUCCGUUUGCUGAGAACGCCGAAGCCGGUCCCUCGCGCCCCAGGCGAAUCCAAAAUAUAUACUCCCCCUCGAAGAGCGUGGAGCUGGCCAACAACGGGGAUGAGCUGUUGGAUCACAAAAGUGCUACCUCCGAGGCCUCGGAUGCCUAUGACGUUGACGUCAAUCUGAGCGACGAGGAUGACUCGCACGCCGGCCAUGACUAUGGGGCGUCUUCUCGCUCACAUCGGUUGUCUGAUGAGCACGCAUCACGCGGCAACGGAUCAACACCGCCGAACCACGAUGCGGGCACCCCAGGCAAUGUGGCCGGCUCUCCACCGAAAAAGCAGGAUAAGAAGCGACGGCGCCGGCGUACGCGUCCCCCUAAACCUCUCGAGUGGAAGGAAGCCAGGCAUAUUCCAGGAAUGAAGUGGUACGAAGCGGAGUUCGCAUCUCAUGUACGGCAGGUUAAGCGCCACUUCCUCACCGUGACGGACGAGCGACGUACUGUGCCAACUUGGAGGCCAUCGACCUACCAUCCUCACGGGACGCUCUGGACACCGGAGGAGAAAGGGUUGUUCUUCGCUUCACUUCCGCGACACUCGGGCCUGCGACCAGAUCUCAUUGCACGCGACAUCGGGUCCAAGACCGAGACUGAAGUUGCGCAGCUCAUCGAAUGCCUCGCAGCCUGCGCAGAGGCUCGAAGCAUGAGGACAAGGCUCUCUGAAGAGUCCAAGGAAUGGCGAUUUCAUCUGCUUGGCUCAGGAGCAUACGAAGCUCCGACUGAUAUCGUGGAGAGGGAGGAUCAUCUUGCCUGGCCUCUUGAGUUGCUCGAGCUGCGCGAGGAAGAGAUGAAGAGGGAGGAUCUCCCUCUUCUCGAUGUGCGUUCCCCCGGUCAAGUCACGCAUGAUAUGCGUGUUGCCGUUGAGAAGUGGGGCGAAGACUUUACGCCUGACAAGAUGGGGCUCACAGCGGAGCUACUGUGGCAUACCUCAAACCAUAAUGAAGAGCUUCAACCGUUAGAGGGCAACACGGAGUUGAGCGCGAUUGAGAGGGACGACAAAGUGAUCGAGCUUAUCAGCGCCAUCCCCCGCCGCGACCGCACGCCUGCACAGCGGGAGACGUAUGCUCUUAUGACAAAUCGUCGUCAUAUGCGCCAGAAGUACCGUCGCAAGCGUCUGCAUGCGCAGGGGUGGACCGACGAGCAGAUCGAUGCCUGCGGUGGGCCGGACGUCGCUUUCACCGAUAGGGGCCCUCGUGGCGCCAGGCGUAAAUACAAGGACGUCAAGAUAGAGGAUGGUGACCCCGCUCUCGCCGAGGCGCAGGAGAUGGGCCUGCAUAUAUACCUCGAAGAGCGAGGCUGGGAGGUAUUUGAGUUUGACCGCAUGCGGGAGAUCAUUGAGCUGUACCAAGAAGCGCAUGGUGUCGCGCCCGCAUCACACACCGAAGGAGCCUCUGUCACCACUCUUGCCCGCAAUACAUCGUUCGCCGUCCUCCAACCCCUCUACAAUAUCUUGAGGGAGUAUGUGCGCGAGUUGAUCAAGCACUCGUACAUUAUUGCAACGGCUGCCAACCCCAACAACAUGCAGAUCGAGAAGUGGCACAUCGAGGCGAUUCUGGAGCCGUUAGGCAAGCCGCGAAAGCAACUCCGUGACGUCGUGUCGCGAUUGCAGCGCGUGUCGCAGAUGGCGCGCGACAGGGAGGCAGCCGUUAAUCUGGCGGUGGAUCCCCCGUCUUUGCAAGACUCCGAAGAUGACGAACCUGAUGUGAUACCCGCCUUCAACAACGACGUCCCGUCUCGGAAGCGCCGGUGCAUUGACACCGCCGAGCUCGGCAUCACCCCCGCCCCGCCGUUGGUCGUUGACCCCCCAGUCGACUCUGACAUUUGGAUGCCGACUCAGACAGUGACUGACGAAGAGGACUCAGAGCUCGACGAGCUCCUUAGUGCCGCCGACACAGCACUUGACGAAGUCAUGGCCUGUCAGCUGCGCAGCGCCGUUUCGUCUAACACUGUCAUGCGUCUAAACGAUCGUGCUUGGCUUGAUACGCCCUACGGCCGCCCAAUUGGAUGGCUGAAAGCUCGUGGCCUGGGUUCCGUGCCCGAAGCAGUCCAGAACAAACUUACGGAGGCGCAGAAUGCGUACCGUGAACGCAAGGCGGAGGUCUGGAAGGCCCGACGUAAGCGGCACCAGAUGACGGCCCGCAGCAUCUACUACCCGCGUUCGCAGGCGGAGGCAGCCGCCGCCAGGCAACGUGGCCGGGGUGCUGUCCCGCUGCACGUUCUGGCCGACGAUUGGAUUGACGACAAUGAUCAUGGCGAGGAGCAGGACGCGGAAGAUGACGAGAGCCCUGACGACGAAACGUAUCGGUCCCGCAGUCGCCGCGUAUCGAGCCGGACACCGCGGCGGAAGCGGAGGAGGGGAGCCGACUCGUCUGAGUCGGAGCUGGUCGACAUGGAGGAUUCCCGCAGCCGACGGAAGACCAGGACGCCAAGCCACCAAAAACGGCGCAGGCGCGCUGAUUCCAGCGAAAACGAAGAGUGGGAGGCCUCUGGUGACUCAUCCGCACCCAUGAGCACCGAUGAGGACGCUCCCGCGAGGGCGUCAGGCAGACCCAUGAUCGACCUCUCCGACGACAGCGAGGUAGAGUUGGAGUCUAGAAACGCUGAGGGAGGGAAGGAGCAUCCGGCCGAAGAGGACGGACUGGACGACAACGACAAGGAGGAGGAAGACGCGGAGGAAGGGGAGAUGGUAAAGACCGAGAGGAUGGAGGUCUACGACGAACUGCCCUUUGAGGUGCUCGGGGGCGACGAUGCGCUGGCCUCUGAUGACGAGGCGCACGAGGCUCCCAUUCACAUCGACGUCGAGGACGAGCUGGUGGGCGGCGAUGACGCUCUUGACUCGGACGAUGAGUCGGGCAUCUACCGCAGAAACCAGACCACGGAUGACAACGCCGACGAGAAGGGAGGUGAGAGCGAUGGUGACAACAAGAGCGAGCAGAACGCCCCCGACCACAAGCUUGAUGAGGUCGAAUCAGCUCACGAGAUGGCUGCCGCGGACAAUGACCAGGCCGAGGACAACGAGAAGGCAGACACGAUGGUAGAUGCAGAUUCCAACUCGUCCGUCCAGCUCAUUGGCGGCGACGACGCAAUCGACUCAGACAGUGACGACCAUUACAGCCCAAUACCCAACGGCCUCGCACCAUCCACUGUAUCGCCGAAGUCAACCGAGCAGUUGCACAGCAGUUCAUCGCCGCAGCGGUCCUCAAACCACAUCGAAGUAGCGCCGCGCAGUUCAAGCGUCACUCAUGUCAUCGCGAAGCCGGGCGUCCACGACCUCGGUCACGACUCGAAUCUGGACGACCACAUCACGGGUGCAGACCCACGCUCCCGGCCUACGCAAGAUCUUAGUUCCUCCAAAUUAGAGAGGAGCGGGUCUGUUGGGUUGGACAAUGUCUGGGCCCGUGGGGACGAUAUUGCCUCUGAAGGGUGGCUGCUCGGCGGAGACGACGCGCUUGAUAGCGACCACGACUAGUGACUCCUCCAUGUAUGCAUGUUCGGGUAGCCCAAGGGCCCUCAGACCUACUCUGCA